AAUAUUACAAGGUACCUACCUAGUAAUAGUAUUCGAAAAAUAAGAAAAUGAAUUUUAAACUAAUAUUUCAUUGAAUUAAAAAACAAGAAAUUUUACGAAUAACAUAAGAAUAAAGAUUCUGGUGUGUUGAAUUGAAAGGUUUCUUUAGCGCCAAGUAUUUAGGUAGCAAUGGCUCCUUCAACUGAUUGGGAUGAAAUUAAAAGAUUAGCUGCUGACUUUCAAAAAGCUCAGCUUAGCUCAACUUCUCAAAGAUUAUCAGAGAGGAAUUGUAUAGAAAUAGUGACAAAGCUUCUUGAGCUUAAAUUAAUAGAUGUAAUAUUUACCACUGAUGGCAAAGAGUACUUAACGUCACAGCAGUUAGUUAAAGAAAUCAAAGAUGAAUUAUAUGUCAGAGGUGGAAGAGUUAACACUGUUGAUUUAGCCAGAGAGUUAAGUGUUGAUCUAAAUCAGAUUAACAACAAUCUCCAUGAGAUAAUCAAGGGAAAAGAUGUCCAAUUAAUAUCUGGAUAUCUUAUAUCGGAUGAAUACACUCAUAAAAUAGCAAGAGAGAUAAAUGAGAAGUUACAACUGCAAGGGCAAAUUUCAGUUGGCGAGUUGACAUUGCAGUAUGAUUUGCCUGCUGACUUUCUGUUGCAUACCAUUUUAGAAAAGAACUUGGGUACAUUGAUUAUAGGAAAGCAGGAUCCCUCUGAACCCAGGACUUUCUACACUGAAGAAUACAUAACAAGAACAAAGGCCAAGAUUAGGGGAGCCUUGAUGGGCUUACUGAAACCAACUCAAAUUGGAAUAAUUAUCAGUCACUGUAAUGUAGCUGAGCGUCUUUUUAUGAAUUUAUUUGAUCAGAUAAAUGCUCCUGGUGUGUUGACAGGCAGACAUUCGGGAGCUCUUUAUGUACCAUCUUGUUACACCAAGUCUCAAAAUGAAUGGGUUAUGAGCUUUUGGAAGCAAAAUAACUAUUUGGAGUAUGAUGCUUUGACUCGCUUGGGAAUAUCGGACCCUAAAGGAUAUGUAAAAAGAGUGAUACAUGAUGAAGAUAUGAUAUUUUUAAGCACUUGUUUGAUUGGGUCACAAAUUAAGUUACAAUUGGAGACGGCGUUGGAAGAAUGUAUUGCGUCCAAAAGCUAUUUGGAUGUUGUUAAUUUGUUGCCUUCAAUCCUAUCUGAUAAGGAUAUUGAAAAUGUUUUAGAUGUUUUGUUGAAAAAUAAUGCUAAGUCUACAACUGUGUUUGAUAAUACAGUCUUCAGCAACCAAUACAUCGAGAACUUAAGACAAGCUUGCAUGCCAAUGACGAAUGCGAAAGCAGAGGCCAUAGUGAAGUCUGGUCAAUACCAACAGUUCUACUUAGAGAAACAACUGGCUAAAUCUGAACAGCUUCAAAGUCAUGUAGACCAUAAAACGGAAAGACGCGAGGAGCGUAGACGCAAAGCAACUAGCGGUAAGGGCGGUGGUGGUACACAGGGCCGAGAAACAAAGACUAAAGCGGUCAAAAAGCACGCAAGAACAAAACAAGCAGCGCAUGAUUCGGAUUCUGAAGAGGAGGUCACUAAGAAAGCACAAGCGCAUCUUGAAAUUGUUCAGGUGGAUGAUGUGGAAGCGGUUAUUAAAGAUACGUUAGACAAUGAGGGUCUGGAGGAUUUGAUCACGCAAAUUGCGGAGUAUUUACAAGUGGGCUUAAACCAAACAGCGCUCACAAUUGCAAAGGAUUUGGCCGAAAAGCUCUUACAAAGUGCAAAUCAAAACAAGAAACAAACGCAUUCAUCAGCUCAAGACAGGAUUAAUGUUCUCGUCAAUGAUAUGAAGUUAUACGAAAAAGGAUUAAAACUCCUUCCUGCUGACCAACAAGCUGCAUACAUUAAAUAUCUAUUGAAAACAUUUGGAGCUGACGUUCUUGGAGAGUUCUGUAAAUAUGCAGCGAAUCAGUGCAAUAUUUCUGUGCAAGUUGAUACAUUAUCACCAGAGCAACGGAAUAAAAUACUUAACGAUUUGCCGGAAGAAUACAUGAAACCGUUGCGUGCUUUGAAUGUGACGCUAACUGAACAAAAUAUGGAUUCAUUUUAUCAAGCUGUUGACGUGUGUCUGGCAGAAUGUGGCAUGAUCUUGAAGAAGGUUGAUAAGAAGAAGGAUAAAUUGCUUGUACAAAAUCAUCGUGAGAAACUCAUAUCCGAGUUGGAGAAUUGCGAUGAUCCAGCACUAGUUUUACACCUGGCUGCGCUUGCAACUUUUACGAUCUUGAACCAAAACAUGCUUCAUGCGUCUGGUCGUCAAGUCCCCUCUAUUAUAGCAUUCUUGAAAGGACAACUAAAGGAAGAGGAUUAUGCUAAACUACAACACUAUCAAGAAUCUGUUACCAAGUUUUUAAUAGCACCUGAGCAAGAAAAGAGCUCUCUAGAAGAAAAUCUCAAAGAAGAGAUGCCAGCUAUAAAAAAUUUGGUAAACGAGGUUAAGAAGUACAAAUAAUUGUUUGUUUUGUUAAAAUAUAAUAUUUUAUGAAGAAAUAUAUAUAUAUAUGUUAUUUUUUUA